AUGAAGUACAUUCUAGUCACUGGUGGUGUUAUAUCAGGAAUUGGAAAAGGAAUCAUCGCCAGCAGUGUGGGUACAAUACUGAAGUCAUGUGGGUUACAUGUAACUUCAAUUAAAAUUGACCCAUACAUUAAUAUUGAUGCAGGAACAUUCUCUCCUUAUGAGCAUGGUGAAGUUUUUGUGCUGGAUGACGGUGGAGAAGUAGACCUUGACCUGGGUAACUAUGAGCGGUUCCUUGACAUUCGCCUCACCAAAGACAAUAAUCUGACCACUGGAAAGAUAUACCAGUAUGUCAUUAACAAGGAACGUAAAGGAGAUUACUUGGGAAAAACCGUCCAAGUUGUCCCUCACAUCACAGAUGCAAUCCAGGAGUGGGUAAUGAGGCAGGCGUUAAUUCCUGUAGAUGAAGAUGGCCUGGAACCUCAAGUGUGUGUUAUUGAGCUUGGUGGAACGGUGGGAGAUAUAGAAAGCAUGCCCUUUAUCGAGGCUUUCCGCCAGUUCCAGUUCAAAGUCAAAAGAGAGAACUUUUGUAAUAUUCAUGUCAGUCUAGUCCCUCAGCCAAGUUCAACAGGGGAACAGAAGACUAAACCAACCCAGAAUAGUGUUCGGGAACUUAGAGGGCUCGGGCUUUCCCCGGAUCUGGUUGUGUGCAGGUGCUCAAAUCCUUUGGACACAUCAGUGAAAGAGAAAAUAUCAAUGUUUUGCCACGUUGAACCAGAACAAGUGAUCUGUGUCCAUGAUGUUUCAUCCAUCUACCGAGUCCCCCUGUUGUUAGAGGAGCAAGGGGUUGUAGAUUAUUUUCUUCGAAGACUUGACCUUCCUAUUGAGAGGCAGCCACGAAAAAUGUUGAUGAAGUGGAAAGAGAUGGCUGACAGAUAUGAUCGCUUGCUGGAAACCUGUUCUAUUGCCCUCGUGGGCAAAUACACCAAGUUCUCAGACUCAUAUGCCUCUGUCAUUAAAGCUCUGGAGCAUUCUGCACUGGCCAUCAACCACAAAUUGGAAAUCAAGUACAUAGAUUCUACAGACUUGGAGUCGAGCACCUUACAAGAAGAGCCUGUACGGUACCAUGAAGCUUGGCAGAAACUCUGCAGUGCUCAUGGAGUGCUGGUUCCAGGAGGGUUUGGUGUUCGAGGAACAGAAGGAAAGAUCCAAGCAAUUGCCUGGGCUCGGAAUCAGAGAAAGCCUUUUUUGGGUGUGUGCUUAGGAAUGCAGUUGGCAGUGGUUGAAUUUUCAAGAAAUGUCCUGGGAUGGCAAGAUGCCAAUUCUACAGAAUUUGACCCUCAGACAAGUCAUCCCGUGGUCAUAGACAUGCCAGAACACAAUCCUGGACAGAUGGGCGGAACCAUGAGGCUGGGCAAGAGGAGGACCCUGUUCCAGACCAAGAACUCGGUCAUGAGAAAACUCUACGGAGAUCCAGACUACUUGGAAGAGAGGCACCGCCACAGAUUUGAGGUGAAUCCAGUCUGGAAAAAGUGUUUGGAGGAUCAAGGCUUGAAGUUUGUUGGCCAAGAUGUUGAAGGAGAAAGAAUGGAAAUCGUGGAGUUGGAAGAUCAUCCUUUUUUUGUUGGGGUUCAGUAUCACCCCGAGUUCCUGUCCAGGCCCAUCAAGCCUUCCCCGCCCUACUUUGGCCUCCUCCUAGCCUCUGUGGGGAGGCUCCCGCAUUACCUCCAGAAGGGCUGCAGGCUCUCGCCCAGGGACACCUACAGUGACAGAAGUGGAAGCAGCUCCCCCGACUCUGAAAUCACUGAACUGAAGUUUCCGUCGAUAAAUCACGACUGAUUCUGGGAUGAUUCUUCAAGAGAGCCUUCGAACUCAUAGAGUUUACAGCUUUGAUUUUACACUCAGCUUUUGACACUUUCUUUAAAUUAUGUUUUUAUGGAAAUUAUUUUAUUAUGGGGGAAAGGUAUUUAGAAAACUUUGUUACUUGCAUGUCCCAUCGUGUAUACUGACUCUUCACACGGGGUACUGCCUGUCGUUUGACACUCUCCUUUGUGGUUCUUGAGUUUCUAAGAAGAGAUGGUCUGGGAGCUGAUGACGGAUGGGGCUGGUCGGGUGCCCCAGCGUCACCGUGUUUCUCCAACUACCUCGUGUCAUUAUGGAUUUGAGCGAUCACCUGUUGCUUCUCCCUUAUGAAGAGUGUGCCACGCGGACUUAGUAAACAUGGGAAGAUGUUUUUAGCUAGUAUUUAUAACACUUUGGUGCUGGUAACUUGAAGGCAUUGCUUGCCACCAAGAGCAGUGAAACCAGGGUCAAAAUCGUGACGCUGCCCUGAGCUGUGGGGACUUUCAGUGCCAACCAUGGCUGCUCCUUAUCCUGAGGGACAGGUGACUUGAUGUCACAUGAAACGGCAAGAAGCCUGUGCCUCUCUGAAGUGUGACUUUAAAAUCCCCCGGCCUCUGGCUGCGCUUCCUCCCCCUGGAGCUGGGAAAUACUCCUUGCAUCAAGGGGUUGCUUUAAACAAGAACAAAGAAUUUUUGUGGGAAACUGCCUCUUAACCCUCUCAUAUAUAGACAGCUUUGGUUCAAGGGGAUUUAUUCCUUCCAGAAUGGUGUUACUGCAGUUGAAAUGCAGCACGUUGGAAAGCUAUUUUCUUAACCUGAUGUAACAACAGGCACAGCUGUGGCCUCUUACAUGCUGGCUGGACUUGAUGUAGACUCUUAACUUAACAAAUAAAUGAUGCAGAAUGA